AUGUCUGGUAGGAAACUGGGAGGCGGGAGGGUUCUGGGGAGUGGAAAGUCGCUGGCACCUCCCAUUCCCCCGGCGCAUCAGCGAACCUCGUCGCUGAUCUCCUCGACGGCGGAAAGCACCGUUUCGUCUGGAGGGUCGUCUGCCUCUCCUCUGGGUACCUCGCCCAUACCAGAUGGACAGGACUUGAGAUCUGUAGUCUCUCUGCAAAACGGAAGGUCGGCAGGUACGGGGGCAAGUAGCAGGCUCCUCUGUCCCAUCUGUAACGACGAAAUGAUGACAUUAUUGCAACUCAAUCGACAUCUGGACGACAACCAUCAGGAACUGCCAGCAGUCGAGCAGGAUGAGGUCAAGAAUUGGUUCGACAAGCAGGUUAUAAAAGCCAAGAAUUUCCAGCCGUUGGCAGUGAUCAAUCAAAAAUUGAAAGGAUUGGAUGUUUUCGAAUCGAACGAGUCUAUGUCCAUGGCAGCUUCCGCUCCCAUCUCCCACUCAGGCAACCGAAAUUCAACGCCAGAGCCAGCUAGGAUGAUCGAUCCCGACGAGGUAGUUACUAGGGCACAUUGGCAGAGGACGGGUUUCAGCGACCUAUGUACGGAGCCAGCAUGUGGGAAGAGGCUCGGAGCUGUCAAUGGAAGUGUAAACUGCAGGAAGUGCGGGCGAUUGUUCUGCGAGGAUCACACUAUGUACCAGAUGAAGCUUUCGAGGUCGGCCCAACAUGAGCCAGUUCGAGGGCUGUGGUGCAGGACCUGCGAGACUUGCUUCAAGUCAAGGGAAUGGUAUAAUGACCAUAAUGGACUCAUACGAGACGAUUCUGCCAAUUUCAUGGCGAUGCGGAGGAAGAAAGUGGACAGGGAAUACCUGGAGAUAUCGAGAUUGGAGAAGAGGCUCACUAAGCUAACCCAAUUGUUGGCAACGCCAUCUGAAGACUUGUCAGGAAGUAAUGGUGGGAUACUGUCAAUUUCAGGGCUGAAGAACCAGCGGAAGAUACUGGAGCAAUCGGUAGUGACUUGGGAGGAAGACGCGAAAGUGUCAAAAUGUCCAUUUUGCCAACAAGAGUUCGGAUCUUGGUCGUUCCGGCGGCACCAUUGCCGAUUAUGUGGAAGAGUAGUCUGCUCGGACCUUCGAACAGGCUGCUCAAUGGAGAUAGGCCUGAACGUGACAGCAGCAACUAACCUCCAGUCCGAAAAGAACGGAACCACGGAACUCAGCAUCGACAUCCGCAUGUGCAGAGACUGCAAAGCAACAGUAUUCAACAAAAAGGACUUCGCAGCUUCCGUCUCCCAUAAACCGCCCGAUCAACGCGCCUACGAAAACCUCCUACAAUUUGAGAGAGGCAUCCGCCUCCUCCUCCCCAACUUUCAACGGCUUCUCAUUGCCCUGCAAGACCCUGAUAAACCGCCCUCCCACCAGACGUUGACGGAAGCGUCCAAAGUCCGGAAACGCCUGAUCGAUAGCUUUGGCAAGUACGAUUUGGCUGCGAAACGCAUACGUGACUUGCCUACAAAAAGUGCUGCGCAGGCGAAGCUGCAGAAAGCCAUCUACCAACAAGCAGCCAACUUUCUGAGUAUCCACAUGCUACCCCUCAAAUCCCUCCCCAAGAUCCUCAAACACGCCUCUCCGCACGGGGCUAACGGCCUUCCCAAUGGCCGUGGCGCCCUGGCGGCUGUCAAGUCUAACGACAUUGACUCGGCGUCGCAAAUCAGCUCCAGCUCCGCCGUUUCGGCCAUCGAAGCCGAAGAGAAGGAGCUCAGGGAACGCCUGAUAGUGCUCGAGGAGCAAAAGUUCCUGGUCGCGGAGAUGGUGGAUGCCGCGAAGAAGGCCAGGCGGUUCGAUGAGGUUGCUGCGCUGAGCGGAAAUAUGGGGGAUCUGGGGCGGGAGAUUGAUGAGGUGAGUGGGAUGCUGGGGCAGUUGGACUUUGCGGGGGUUUAUGGUGGGGGUGGGAAUGGUAAUGGAAAUGGGAAUGGGAAUGGGAACAGGGCCCUGAGGUUAUUGAAAUAG